AUGUGCGGCACGAAGCCCGGUCUGAUAAUGACUGAGGACAUCAACGAAUGCAUACUCAUUCCUUCCCUGUGUCCCAACGGGGAAUGCAUCAACACUCAAGGGUCCUAUACAUGCAGCUGCUACGAGGGAUUCAAGUACAAUGCUCAGUCCAACGCCUGCGAUGUCAGGGCCCGAGCUGACGUGAAGAUUAAAAGUUUGUGUGAAUUGCUGACAGAUGAGAACGAGUGCCUGGAUCCUUUGAAGAACGCCUGUGACGAGGUGGCGAAGUGCGAGAAUAUGCCGGGAGGUUUCAGGUGCAAUUGUCCCGGGGGCUACAAGCUCUCUCGAUCCGGGAUGAUGUGCGAUGAUAUUGACGAGUGCCUGGUGCACUCCGGGAUUUGCGAGAAUGGAAGAUGCCAGAACUCCGCGGGGGCGAAGUUGACAUAA